AUGAGACGACCCUUCGGUCAUUUCUUCUUAGCGAAUGCUUUGCUAGGCGCCACAACUGGACAAGGUAAUGGCCUUCUUGGAGGGCUUCUCACAACCAAGUCUAGCAUCAAGGCAACCUUUUCUGUUGUUGCUACUGCCAGUCUUCACAUCGCUAGCUCCUCUGCAGUGCCCAGUAUGAGCGCAACCACUGGUGGCAUCGUCAACAGUCUUCUCGGUGUCAACAUCGGCAGCUCAUCCAUACUUCCUAGGACGAGCACAAUCGCUACCCCAGCCACUACUAGCAUCCUCAACGGUAUUCUCGAUAUCAUCAUCGGCAGCUCAUCUUACCAGCUCAAACGCUGCACCGGUUCCUACUUUGCUAGUCUCAACACUGGCAGCAGCUCCAUGAUAUACAGCACAAGCGCAACUAUCGCGCUAUCUACGAACGGCCUCGUUGGCGGUCUUCUCGGCGGUCUCCUUGGUAUCAGUACUAGCAGCGUGUCCAUACUUCCGAGCACACGUGCGACUGUUGUUCCCACCAUGAGUGGCAUUCUCGAUGGCGUCCUUGGUCUUACAUCAGAUGGUGUCCUCGUUGGAGCAGGAGGCGCCAUCGGGAACGUUGCUUCUGGACUAGACAGUGCGGUCGGCGCCAUUGUCACCCCGAUAGCGUCCGGUGUUGGCUCUACGGUCACCCCGAUAGCGUCCAGUAUUGGCUCUGUUGUCGGGAAUAUUGUGUCCAACGUUGACAGCGUAGUAAACGCCGUUACCACUCCGGCAGCUCCUACUAUCACCAAUUCCGUCAAUGCUGUUGGCACCGUUGUUGGAGGCAUUGUUUCCAACAUCGAAAGCCUGGUUGACGCCCUUAUCACUCCGCUAGCGUCUAAUGCUGCUAGCAUUAUGGCUGGUGCCGGUGCUGCUUCCAAUAUCAAUAGCGUGGUCGAAGUCAUUGUCACUCCAGUACCUUCCAAUGUUAACAACGCCGUAAACUCAGUUGGCACGCUCGUCGGAGGUGUCAUGUCGGACAUGAACAGCACCAUCGCAGUAAUGGUCACGCCGGCUGCUUCUGGUGUUUCGAAUACUGCUAACCCCGUUGGCAUGUUUCUCGGGGGGCUUGUGUCCAAUGUCAACAGCAUUGUCUCAGUGAUAGCCACGCCAACCGCCUCUAGCAUGCCCAACGUCAUCGAACCUGUUAAGACCAUUAUCGGAGACCUCGUGUCGAACGUUGACAGCAUUGUCGCAGUCAUAGCUACACCAAUUGCAACUGAAGUGCAAGUCAUCGCCUCCAAAGUCGCGCAAGUCAUCGAAGGUGUUGGCCAAAACGCUUCUGCUGUUGCUUCCAACAUCCUUUCCGAAGUGCAACUUCUCGCUUCCAGCGUCACCCAGGUGGUCAAUUCUGUCGGUCAAUCUACAGUUCCCACAGCUGUCAUCACUCAAUCAGCUAUACCUGGAGUAGGUAUCAUCGCUACUAAUUUGGGAAAUAACACAAAUGUUAUCAAAGCUAAUGUGACUGAAAUGGUCGUUGGCCUUUCGAACAUAACCUUGAACACCGUCAAGCCCGUCCUUACCAACGCCACACUACCCAUGCUGAGUUCGGCUCCCGCGCAACUGUCAGACGAGCUACUCGGAGCUCUCUUGCAUCCACACCCUCGAGAUCCGGACAUCCUUGGCUGGCAGUACUUUGGGUGCUUCAGCUCCAGUAUCUAUCUGACCACGCAAGCUACUCUACAAGCCACGAAUCCGAGUGCUUUGAUGAACGCAAGUAUCUGCAUCGAUUUAUGUAUCCAGAAGGGGAUGGACUUUUCGACUGCCACAGGAAGCAAAUGCUACUGUUCCAACACCGCACCUGGGAUCAACUCCGGGUCGAAUAACGGUAUUGGGAUAAAUCAGUGCGAAUCGCUUUGUCCGGGUAGCUUGAAAGAAUACUGUGGAGGCAACAGUACCGGCAGCGAUGCAGUAUUCUCAACCUUCAAGCGUGUCGUUUCCCUGGUGCAGUUCCCUGAACCCGCAUCCCCAGCGAACUGGACAUACAACAGUUGCUCGUAUCUGGGCGACUGGCUGGACUCGCUCACGUCGCAGAAUUAUUACAGUGCAAUACCGUCUGGGGGUACAGAUGGUGUUGAGUGUUCUGCGCUUUGCUAUGCCGAAAGUAUUGUCCAGGACAUUCUCUAUACAGUCGCGAUUGUUUCCGAUGAUGCAUGCUAUUGCUCGACCAUCACCCCAGACGUCUCGCUAUGGGCAGGCAUUGGCGAAUGCUCGACGCCAUGCAACGACGACGCAAGCCAAAGCUGCGGUGGCACCAGCAAGCUGGGCGCCAAACUCGGUAUCUCUUACGUUCGGCAACCCGCUGCACCUUCGACAGCACCUACGUUGCCGGGCGCUAUCAUGCCAAUGAGCUGGUAUUCCUGGGGCUGUUACUAUGGAGCUGCCUACCUGCUGGAAACCAUGCUCACUGGCUUUCAAGCCUCGUCGCUACUCGACCCGUUGUCCAGCGUAGAUGGAGACACGUGCAUCGCCAGAUGUAUUGCGGCGGACGAGUCCUACUCGUAUGCCAUGGUAGUUGGAGGUCUGUGUUUCUGCAACGACAAGGCGCCGUCAAAGGACUUGCAGGCUGUCAGCCAGCUUACGUCAGUGUGCAACAUCCCCUGUCCGAACAACCCUUUGCAGCGGUGCGGUGGAAAUGCCCCGGGAUCUAGUCCAGGCAGGAGCGCGCCAAAGGGUCGUAACUUGGUCAACGUUUACAGUGCUGAAGAGGCGCCUGCAGAGGAGCCAACUACUGAUGAGCCGCCGAAGUUUGCUCUUUUCGUGCUCAGGUAA